UUUCAAGACUUCUUGGGACACAAAGGGUUAAAUCCUAAAGGAAUACAAAUUUGUGCAAUUCCUCAAUGCAAAAACUCCGAGUUUGUGAACGUUAGAUGUUAUAAUUUCUGUGUCAUGCUAUAAAUAAAUAAUCUCCAUGCCUUUAUAGGAAAUCAAUCGUUAUAUUCGACAGUUUUGUACUGAAAAACACAACAAUUGCAUUGACAUUGAAAGAAUUGUGUGUUUUGAAACCCAACCCAACCCAAAUUGUAUUGGUUACGAAAUUACGAAUGUUUUAAGUUUAUAGCUGGGAUUUAUGGAUAAUUUCGCACCAGUUGUACCAUCAGAUUAAAGAAUUCGAAGGAAUCUCAAAAAAUUAUGUCUAAUAUUUUGACAAUUAAUUUCCUAGAAACAACACAGCAUUUAAUGACACCAUAAUUUUAUAUUUGCUCAAUCAAAAUGGUCAAAAUUCUCAGCAAAAUAAAUCAAAUAUUCCAAAAAUUUCGUAAAUAACACAACUAACAUGUAUAUGCACCAAGAAGGUCCGCAACACGAUUCGGAAAGUCUCCAUCAAUUAAGAAGAUCAACACAACCGAAUAGAUCACAAUAUUUAGCAACAAUGCCAGAUCCUUCAGACGUAAUGCGUUAUGAAUGGCGAAACGCCAGGAGAUUGGAAAUUAUAAAAAUGACUGAAGCGGUAAUUGAAGCUAUUGGCACAGGAGAUUACGAAACGUAUAGAAAAUUAUGCGAUCCAAACAUGACUUCAUUUGAGCCAGAAACUCUUGGAAAUUUAAUCGAAGGGGUCGAUUAUCACAAAUUUACCUUUGAUAAUUUGUAUCCAAAACAAAAAGCGAUUAAAAUACGAAUUUUAAACCCUCAUGUACGUCUUUUAGGGGAUAAUGCUGCUUCUAUUGCGUACAUUCGUUUAACACAAUUCGUUGAUGGUGAUACCGGAUAUCUUUUUAGUACCCGAACUCAAGAAACAAGGAUUUGGAGAAAAAAAGAAAACGUAUGGUAUAAUGUACAUGUUCAUAGAAGUGGAAAUGAACUCAUUCGAAAAUCAAUUAUUUAAUUAUUGUCCUGAUAUGUUUUUAUUAUUUUACUAAAUUUAAUUUA